CUCCACGAAUAUACCGACAUCAACUUUCUUUUUCUUAGUUCCCAAACACCCGGGAGAGAGAGAGAGAGAGAGGGAAAAGAAAAAAAAGGACAUGAGCAACAGUAUUGUCUCCCUUAGUCCGCUAUCUCAGCUGAAAAUCCCAACCGGAUUUGGCACCAGAAGCAGCACCAGAAGAUUCUCAGUAAUCUCAUCUCGUCUCGACGACAAUUCUCGAAGCGGCCAACCCAAUCCCCAACUCAAUCUCUCUGUCCUCCGCUUCACUCUCGGAAUUCCUGGGCUGGACGAAUCGUACUUGCCCAGAUGGAUUGGAUAUGGUUUUGGUUCGCUUUUGGUUUUGAAUCAUUUCGUCGGUUCCAAUUCUGUCACUGAUAUUACCUCUGCUCAGCUAAGAACAGAGGCUUUGGGUCUUUCUUUGGCUGCAUUCUCAAUAGUACUUCCCUAUCUCGGAAAAUUUCUAAAGGGUGCUACUCCAAUGGAUCAAACGACAAUUCCUGAAGGCAGUGAACAAAUAUUUAUGUUGUCGGAAAAUGUCUCAAAUACUGAGAAGGAAGAUUUGGCUUGGGCCACAUACAUCUUGCUCCGGAAUACAAACACCAUGGCAGUGUUAAUAUCAAUUCAAGGUGAAUUAUGCGUACGUGGGUAUUGGAACACGCCAACCGAUGUAUCGAAAACCGAUUUACUAGAUUGGUUUGGGAGACAGAUUGAACAAUUUGGCAUUUCUGACGUGAAAGACACCCUUUAUUUUCCCCAGAUUUCAGAUUCUGGACUCUGGGAUAUUCUACCCAAGGGGACUCGUUCUGUCCUGGUACAACCAGUGCCACAAGUUCCUGACUCGAGUGACAAAACCAUGGAAACCAAUCAAGGAUUUAUCUUGGUGGCUUCUACUAUUAGCUAUGCGUAUAACGUAAAAGAUAGAGCCUGGAUAGGAGCACUGGCAAAGAAAUUUGCGGGUAAGACCUUAUGUACUAAUUUGUAACGAACAAACGAGUAUAACGGCUCAUAUAUUGAUCAAAUUUUCAACUCCAAAAACCAAGAGGCUGCUAGAUUUUAUACCUUGUUCCUAUGAACUCUUCAUGUAUUAAAUUGUCUGGGAUUCUGAAUUUCGGAAGAAUGAUGAUAUUAUUAUGUUGGUAAGUUGAAGAAAUAGUCCUUUUUGCCUCUGUUGAGCAGGUCUCAAAAACCAUUGAUAUUGAAAUUGUGAAUACUAAAAGUGAUCAUUUCUUUUGAUUGAACAUUGAAGCAGAUGGUAUAAGGGGAAAAUUUU